AUGGGAUCGAAUUUAAGUUCAAAUGAGAGACCAGUAUCUCCUUUCAACUUACUCACGGUAAAAAUACUAAGAGUGAAGAAUGUCCGGAAGGCAGACCUGCUCACUCUAUCAGAUUGCUAUGUGACACUGUGGCUGCCUACUGCCUCAACUGAAAAGGUCCGGACCAGAACCAUCAGGAACAGCAAGAACCCAGUCUGGAAUGAAGCUUUCUGCUAUAAGAUCGAUCGCCGUAUCAAGAAUGUGCUGGAGCUAAAAGUCUGUGAUGAAGACACAAUCACCAGGGAUGAUGAGCUCUGCACAGUUCUCUUUGACAUAGAUAAACUCACUGUGGGACGUACUGUUCGGGUGAAAUUUCAGCUGAAUCCGCAGGCACGUGAGGAGCUGGAGGUGGAGUUCACAUUGCAGAACACUGUGGACUAUCCUGAUGCCAUCAUUACUAACGGAGUACUUGUGGCACGUGAAGUUUCCUGUUUGGAGGUUAGAGUGGAUACAGGGAAGCUGAAGCUGCAAGCCACAAAUCAGGAACUUACAUUCAUAGUGAAAGGAUCCCAUGAAGGAAGCCAGAAGAUUUUAUUGGACUCUGACCCCAGCCUUAGGAUCAUUGCAUUUCACUGUGUCAUAAACGACCAGACAAGACUGGAUAUCAUACUGCCAAAAGAGCUGAUGGAUAAAAAUGAAACAGUGAACAAUGGAGUCCUUUCUCUGCCUCUGAAUUUGCUCCCUUUGCAGAAGAAAAUAACAGUAGAUGAGGAUCAAUCCUUUGACUUGUGUUUGACAGCAAGAAAAUGCUCAGGAGAUCUAGAUGUGCGCUUGGGUUAUAGCCUGUGCAGGGAAGAGCAGGACUUCCUGCGAAAAAGGAAGAAAUACGUUGCUGCUGCUCUGAAAAAGAUUCUUCAGCUGGAGGAAGAUCUGAAAGACCAUGAGGUGCCAGUGGUGGCAAUUACGACGACUGGAGGAGGGACAAGAUCAUUGACAGCAAUGUAUGGCAGCCUAUUGGGUCUGCAAAAACUGAAUCUAUUGGACUGCAUUUCCUACGUUGGUGGUUUAUCGGGAACCACGUGGACGAUGGCAAACUUAUAUGAAGAUGCUAACUGGUCACAAAAAUAUCUUGAGGAGGCAAUCAAGGAAGCUCGCAAACAAGUAACCAAAUCGAAGAUUUGCUGUUUUUCUUUGGAUUGUCUGAAGUACUAUUAUAAUGACCUGAUGGAGAGGACUAAAGAAGGGCAUAACACAUCUUUCAUAGACUUGUGGGGGCUUGUCAUUGAAUCCAUGCUACAUGAUAAGAAAGAUGAACAUAGACUCUCGGAUCAACGGCAAGCAGUGGAUAAAGGUCAGAACCCAUUGCCCAUCUAUGUAGCCAUCAACCUCAAGUCCAACUAUAGUGCCCAGGCAUUUAGAGAGUGGCUGGAGUUCACUCCUUAUGAAGUUGGUCUCUUGAAAUAUGGAGCAUCUAUUCGUGCAGAACAUUUUGGAAGUGAAUUCUUUAUGGGAAGGCUGGUGAAGAGGCUCCCAGAGACUCGGAUCUGCUACAUGCAAGGCAUGUGGAGUAGUAUAUUUUCCAUAGAUGCGAUGUAUGUGUGGAAUUUGGCUGUUGAUUCAGAGGACUUCUGGAGUAAAUGGACCAGAGACAGAGUAAAAGAUAUUGAGGAAGAACCCUUUCUAUCUAUGAAUCCUUAUGAGGUAGGCACAUGUCUGCUCACUCCUUCAUGUGCUCUGUCUUCCGCUCUGCGAGAUGUCUUAACAGGACGUCCAACCAUUGCACAGUAUCCCAAUUUUCUCAGGGGCUUCCAGAUGCACAGCAAGUACCUGGAGAGUGAAGGAUUUUCUACGUGGAAAGACACAGUGCUAGACUCUUUCUCAAAUAAACUGAUGGAAACAGCAGAUGAUGCGCUCUCCUUGGUUGAUACUGGUUUUUUCAUCAAUACCAGCUAUCCACCACUCUUGACAUCUAAGAGGAAAGUGGAUGUCAUCCUGCAUUUGAAUUACAGUGGAGGGUCACAGACAUUGCCUCUGGAUCAGAUUGCAAAGUACAUCUCAGGGCAAGGAAUCCCAUUUCCCAAGAUUGAGAUAAGCGAGGAAGACAGGGAAAACUUAAAGGAAUGCUAUGUGUUUGAAGACGCUGAAAGUUCGCAAGCUCCAACUGUGCUCUUUUUCCCCUUAGUAAAUGACACCUUUAAGAGAUACAAAGCUCCUGGUGUGGAAAGAAGUCCAGAGGAGAUGGCUGAAGGCAACGUUGAUGUCUCCAGUAUCCUCUCCCCAUUUACGACAAGGGAGGUGUGCUUCAGUGAAGAGAAUUUUGACAAACUAGUGAAAUUGACCGAUUACAAUGUCCUCAACAACGAAAACUUGAUUAUUCGGGCUUUGCGCAUGGCAGUGGCACGGAGGAAGCAGCAAAAGUACUAGCCGUGGUGCACUUGCUUUACCCCUCCACGUGAUGUUUCUUGGAUUGUCUCUUAUCUAGUGAGAUAAGUGUUUGAUGCUUGCCAGUGUUAUUUACAGUAGAAAUUGCAUCCCAUGAAGACUUGCUGGAC